AUGCAUUACUCUUUCGUCGCCGCCGCUCUCCUGGCACCACUGGCACUUGCUGCCCCACAUGAGAAGACUCUCCUUAGCCGCCAGGAGGCCGCUACCAGCCUGAACGAAGUCUUUGUUGGCCACGGAAAGAAGUAUUUCGGUGUUGCCACAGACCAGGGCUGCCUCAAUGCCGACAAGAACGCUGCUAUCAUCCAGGCCGACUUCGGACUGGUAACGCCAGAGAACAGCGGAAAGUGGGAUACGAUCGAGUCAUCCCAGGGAAACUUCAACUUUGCAGGACUCGAUUAUCUCGUCGAUUGGGCCACGACCAACGGCAAGUUCGCGGACACACCACCGUGUGGCACAGUCAGCUUCCGGGAUGGGUUUCAGCCAUCACUUACAAAGCGACCCUGA